UUUAAAUCCUGACCCUAACCAGAGCUGGAGGAAAAGAAAACAACCUAAUUGUUUUUCAAGGCGUGAGGAUGAGGAAAAAUCGUGAAGUUCGAAAAACCCAUGAACCCAUGUUCUCUGCAGCUCACCGCUGAAAAGUUCCAGGCUGGUCUCCAUUUACCCGCAGCUGUGUUGUGCACGUUCUGGACACAGUCGCUGACUCUGUCCGCUGGAAGGCAGGCGGGUGACGGUGAGCUGCCUCUGAGGAGAGAAGAAGCGGGGGGGAAAGUGAAACGAAGGCUCCAUAACCACAUCGCAGUGCCCAGCGCUCACCGACACACACCACAGGGAGAGAGGCCCCGGCUCUAUCGCUUCCAGGCAGCGGCGGCAGCAGCAGCAGCUCAGCGGCGGCGGAGGAGGCAGCUCAGCGGACACAGCCAUGGCUAACAUCGCGGUCCAGCGGAUCAAGCGGGAGUUUAAAGAAGUUCUCAAGAGCGAGGAGACGAGUAAAAACCAGAUCAAAGUAGAUCUGGUGGACGAGAACUUCACGGAGCUGCGGGGGGAGAUCGCAGGUCCUCCAGACACACCGUACGAAGGUGGCAGAUAUCAGCUUGAAAUAAAAAUCCCAGAAACUUAUCCUUUUAAUCCACCAAAGGUGCGUUUCAUCAGUAGGAUCUGGCACCCGAAUAUCAGUUCUGUGACGGGAGCUAUAUGUCUGGACAUUUUAAAAGACCAGUGGGCAGCUGCGAUGACGCUGCGAACAGUGCUGUUGUCUCUACAGGCUCUACUUGCUGCGGCGGAACCAGACGACCCACAGGAUGCAGUAGUAGCCCAUCAGUAUAAGCAGAACCCAGAAAUGUUCAAACAGACUGCGAGACUGUGGUCUCACUUCUACGCUGGUGCUCCCGUCCCCAAUCCUGAAUACACCCGUAAAAUAGACAAACUCUGUGCCAUGGGCUUUGAUAAGAAUGCAGUAAUAGCGGCCUUGUCCUCAAAAUCCUGGGACGUGGAAACGGCGACAGAGCUCCUCCUCAGCAAUUGAGAUCCAGCCAGGUGUGAGGAUCCCAAACAAACUCCUGUCUUUACAGCAUCAGCUCCUCCCCGGCACAUUCCACCAUUGCCUUUUUUUUUUUUUUUGAUUGCACAGACAGCACCCUAUUUGCCACAGCAGUACUCUGAACCUACUUUUACAGCAAGUUUGUUCACUUACAAACUCAACACCGGUAGUAACACAAUCGCCAAUAUGCUCACCACACUGUUGCCUGUCUGAUCCCAUGUGUUCAGAUACAUUUUCAACAGACGUUUAGUCUUCCAUGCCCUUUAGUCAUAUCAGCUCUGAAGCAUCUUGAAAUUUCUUUUACACAAAUGUGUUUUCCAUAAUAUUGCAAAGAGUAACUGCCUCUUUUUCGGGGUAAAAACUGAAGGAAAUCCUGCAUACUGCUCUCACAGUACAUCAACAUUUUAGUCCUUAGGCAGAAGUCACACCUUGUGUUUGAUUAUUCUCUCUUUUGGACUUUUAAUACUGUAAAGGUCUAGCUGGAUGUAAAGUCACUUGACUGGAGUGUUCUGCACGAGCAGUGUAUCAGAGAUGCUUCAAUCAUCUGCAGAGAUUUGGAUGUUCCCACUUUGUUCUUCUGCAAAAGUAAAGAGAGAUCACACCCAGACAUCCUCACACAUACACAGAAGAAAAAAAGUUAUCUGUAAAUAGACGCGUGUAAAUUUGAAAAUACAAUGGGGAUAUACUUUUUUUUUUCUUACAUGGCAUUGUAAAACAAAUUAUUUUAAAUAUAAACUAUGCCUAGUUUACAGUUAUAUGGAAGAGACAUCUUUUUAUGCUUUUGUGACCCAUGAGAAAUCCCUCUGUCUUGUUUCUUUAAAGAUUGUUUUGAAGUGGCACAGCCAAAAAUCCUGACCCUAACGGGACGGGAGGUAACAGCCAGCUCCGGCAGUAAAGGUCGUUAGGUGUCACCUUCUCUGCUACGCCACAAUCCAACCUUUUUGUUGAUCUUUUAUCGUCCUAGCAUGUUCUAUGCUGCCUUUGUAUUUAGUUUGGCUACUUGAUGUGAUGGGACUUUGGGGUUGAAAUGGCAAGACUCUUUCUGAUCUCCGGAAAGAGACACCUGGAACCUCUGCACACCACCGCUCAAGCACACCCGGUUUGGCGUGUGUCGUGUAGGGAAGCAAAGCCUCCUCUGGGGUAUGUUGCUAGAAUAAAAAUCUCUCCUGCUCUGAACCGAUGCAUCCGACACACUACAAGAAGAAAUGUGUCCGAAUGUCAGUAACGAUUUGAGUUUGCGAUGCAGUUUGUUUUUUCAGUGCUGUCAGUUUCAACCAUAGGCACACAGUAAGGGUUUUGCUCACCCUCUCAGCUGUGAGGGGAGGAGCUUUAUCACUCAAACAAAUCUAGGCGAUAUAUUGAGGCAAUAUAGGUGUCGCCCUAUAUUCCCUGACAUGCUUUACAACAGUCAAAUCAAAUAAUCAUGGAGGGUUGUCUUUUACUGAUGUCUGAGUCGUACAAGAGGCUGGAACUCCUCUGUUCUGCACAGUAUUUUCACACAUUUGAUUUGAGGUACAAGAACUGUAAAUGAAAGCAUAGUAUAGAAAAGUGGGGCAUUGGUGCAUCCUCACACCGUUUUUUUUAUUUAAAAAUAAAAAUCAUCUUUUUGCUUGACCUCCAGCUCAGUCCCUACCAACACAGCAGCAUACGACAGCAACACUUUGAGUUAAUCGUGCGAUCAUCUCAUUCGACGUCCAACGAGUUUUCAGGCCAGAAACCAAAAAAAAUGCAUCAUGGUCAAAGGGUAGAAUGCACACCAUCUCCUUUUACUUGUAAAUAGUCAGAUCCUUGAUAAAGAGCCGUCCCGUUAUCACUCGAGCGCACCAUCGAUGGCUGGAUCUAUAUUUUGUACGAAAAAGAAAGGACAAAAAGAGACCCCCUCUCCACCUCCCCGGUGUUCUCACUAUGUACAAUAUUGCACGAUGACUGCAUAAAAAAAAAAGGGGCUGUUGCAUCUCAGUUUCUCCAUUUGGAUUGAGACUUAUUUUCCUUUUUUGUUUCCUUGGAAGCAAGCAUCAGCAGUAUAAAAAAAAGCAUGGUUAUUUAUUGUGACGGUGUCAUGUUUCUUUGAUUAAAAAAAGUGGAAAAUCAA